ACUAAGCGAUCGUCCGACAGUUAACAACAAAUCGCCAGCGGGGGUCGACAAAAAAUCUAAUAAAACUCCAAACAAACACCCUUCGAGAAAACGCGCGCGCGAAUUUCGUAAAUCCUUGCAACAUCGCGCAGGUGUGAAAAUUUAAACCAUCCAACAAGAAGUGGUUGUCAAAUAUAUAAACAGUGUUCAAGCGUAUUAAAUCGCUUCUGCAAAUUCUGGCCUUAAACUCGCACCAUCGAGCAUAAAUAUAUCAUUAACGCGACGGUGUGAAAAAGACAAUUUUUUGUCGUCAAUGUCGAGGGCAAACGUUUGGAUAAAGCCAUUAUAAUAAUUUCUCUAUAAUUUUCACAAAAGUUCACACAAAUAAAAUCGCGCCAAAGAUGGCAGACAACGCGGGAUUCACUCCAGAUGGACAGGCAUCUUCGAAAGCCGAGAACCCGCCUUCCUACGCCAGCUCAGUUGCUACUCUAAAUGACUUCAACUCGAAAUCCAACUUGACGGAGAAGAACCAGCUGUCGCUGUCGGAGGACCCGUACCAUCCCUUCGAGCACCGCGAUCCCAAUGGAGCGAGUGCAGGAGGCGCCUUGGCGCACUUGCUCAAGAGUUCGCUGGGCACGGGAAUCCUGGCGAUGCCGAUGGCCUUCCACAAUGCCGGCUUGGCUUUCGGAAUGGCCAUGACGCUGAUCGUCGGCUUCCUCUGCACGCACUGCGUACACAUUUUGGUAAAAACUUCGCAUAACAUUUGCAAGGAUGCCAAGGUUUCGGCUUUGGGAUUCGCUGAGACGGCGGAAAAGGUCUUCGAGUACGGACCAAAGGGAAUGCGUCCCUACUCCAACUUCGCCAAGCAAUUCGUGGAUAUCGGACUGAUGGCCACGUAUUACGCGGCGGCAUGUGUGUACAUCGUAUUUAUUGCGACAUCUUUCCACGAUGUCAUCAACUACGAUUGCGGAAUCAACUGGGAUGUGCGAAUUUACAUCGCACUAACCGUGAUCCCCUGCCUGCUGAUCGGCCAAAUCCGCGACCUCAAGUGGCUGGUGCCGUUCUCCAUGAUGGCCAACAUCUUCAUUGUUGUGACCUUCGCCAUCACUCUGUAUUAUAUGUUCGAUGAGCCGCUGGUCUACUCCGAUAAGCCACUGAUCGCCAAGGCCUCCCACAUCCCGCUCUUCUUCGCCACCGUGAUCUUCGCCAUGGAGGGAAUCGGUGUUGUGAUGCCCGUGGAGAACUCGAUGAAGAAACCCCAGCACUUCCUGGGAUGCCCGGGUGUCCUCAACACAGCCAUGAUCACAGUGGUCUCGCUGUACGCCAUCAUUGGAUUCUUCGGCUAUGUGAGAUUUGGAGACCAAGUGCGCGGCAGCAUCACGCUUAAUCUGCCGGACGGAGCCUGGCUGGGAGACACAGCCAAGCUGCUGAUGGCCGUCGCCAUCCUCUUCACCUUCGGCCUGCAGUUCUAUGUGCCCAACGAGAUCCUGUGGCGCAAGAUCGGUCACAAGUUCAGUCCCGAGAAGCACAACAUCACACAGAUCCUGCUGCGCAGUGGCAUCAUCCUGCUGAGCGGCGGCGUGGCUGCUGCCAUUCCCAAUCUGGAACCCUUCAUCAGUUUGGUGGGUGCCGUGUUCUUCUCGCUGCUGGGCAUCUUUGUGCCCAGCUUCGUGGAGACCGUCUACCUGUGGCCCAAUCAGCUGGGCGUCUGCAAGUGGAAGCUGGUAAAGAACAUCUUCCUGGGGCUGUUCUCCAUCCUGGCCUUGAUUGCCGGAGCUGUGGCGAGCAUCAACGAAAUUAUCGAUAUGUACAGCGGCGAAGAAUAAAUUGCGUAGACGUUCAACCAGAGACGUAGUAUUACUCCAGAUGCAGGUAGCUCCAGCGAAACGAUGGACGAGUGUGAGAGUUCAAAAAGCAGGCAAAGCCCACAAAUACAGAUCAGACCCAACUUACGGCCAUGUUGAACAUGGUCUGCCGGCACGGAAUACAUAUCGCCGAUGCCGUUGACUGCAUGAACAAGAUGAUAUUAAGUUUAAGUGCCCUGUUACACAAACUAAACUGCAAUUCAUAGAAUUUAUAAAUGUUAUUAUUUUAAGUUGCUCAGCAUUCCAAACCAUAAAGAGAACAGUAUGAAAAGAAAACAUGCCAGUAUUUUCUUCACGGGAUUUCCAUCAAAUAAAAAGAAACAAAACUGUUA